CGCCCCGCCGCCAUGGUGACGGAGGAGGAGGUGGACGCCAUCGGCCGGACGCUGGUGGACGCGGCUCAGCCCCUGCCCACCCGGUUCCGGGCUCUUUUCACCCUGCGCAAUCUACGCGGCCGCGCGGUGGACUGGAUCAGCCGGGCCUUCGGGGAAAGCUCGGCGCUGCUGAAGCACGAGCUGGCCUAUUGCCUGGGCCAGAUGCAGGACGAAGCCGCCAUCCCUGUGCUCAUCCGUGUGCUGGAGGACACCGGCCAGGAGCCCAUGGUCAGGCAUGAGGCAGGUGAAGCCCUGGGUGCUAUUGGGAAUCCCAAUGUGCUGGAUAUCCUGAAAAGAUAUUCAGAGGAUCCUGUGGUUGAGGUGGCAGAGACGUGUCAGCUGGCAGUGAGGAGGCUGGAGUGGCUACAGGAGAACAAGCAGGAGCCAGGCACCAGCCCUUACCUCUCUGUAGAUCCUGCUCCUCCUGCCGAAGAGACGGACAUCGCCAAGCUCCACAGAACCCUCCUGGAUGAGUCACGCACGCUGUUUGACCGCUACAGGGCCAUGUUUGCCCUGCGAAACCUGGGGGGCCAGGCUGCUGUGCUGGCACUGGCAGACG